CUGCUUAUAUAAAGGAGACUUCAAAGCUCAUUAGUAAUCCACGAUACUUCAACAUAUUUCUCAAAUCACACUAAUUGGAGAAAGAUGCAGGUUGUUGUACUAAAAUUGGAUUUUCAUUGUGAAAGAAUGAAACAAAAAGCUAUGGCAACUGUCUGUCGUCUCUCCGGUGUUAAAUCGGUGGGCGUGAAAGACGAUAAACUAACGGUGACCGGAGAUAUUGAUACCUACAUAAUUGUGAAGAAAUUGAAGAAAGUAUGUUAUACCGAGAUUAUCUCGGUUGGACCGGUUAAAGAACCAGAAAAGAAGCCUGAUCCGAAGAAGCCAUCUGAACCGCCAGAAGUGGUUUAUUGGUAUCCACCUCAAGUUCCACCGUAUUACCAACAUUUCAACGGAUGUGUCUACGAAGAUCCCAAUACUUGCGUCAUUUCUUGAAAAUAAUAUUUUGGUCGUAUCAGUUUUGUUCGCAAUAGUGUCAUCCAUCAUCACUCAUCAGCUUCGCCGUAGUCAUUGGUUUUGAUUUUUUCAACUGGUCCGUUCUAUACCAUUUAUACACUCUACAUGAUUGGACCAAGUUUGCCACUCCCAGGCCCAAUGUAUUAUAAAACUCUCUAUUAACGAGUAAGUCCGGGUUACUUACUACAUGUCUAAUUCGAAUGAUUUUUUUUUA